AUGGGCAAGGUUCAUUCUACUGUCAAACGGACUUGGACGAUGACAUCAAACAUAGCGGAAUCCAUCAACAACACCAACAAAAUAGCUAGAAGAUCACCCGUGGUUUCAACAAUGGAUUUUAUGAGGUUAAUGAUUGAAUCAUGGAAUGCAAAACAACAUGAGGAGGUAAAAACAUCAAAUGAAUUCCUGCAUACUGUUAGUAAUGGAGCAAAAAGAUUCAUUGUUUGUUUGCGAAGCAGAAAGUGCAGCUGUGGAGAAUUUCAAUUGGACGAAAUACCUUGCUCUCAUGCUAUGACUGCUAUUACAUAUAGAAACCAACAGGACGAGAACUAUUGCUCACCUUACUACAACAACAAAAAUUUUAGAGAUGCUUAUGCCAUACCAGUUGAACCUCUUCCUUGUGAAAGUACAUAG